CAUGCUGCAGAGCUGUUUGGUGGCCACAGGCUGACUGGUAGACAUGGCUCAGUUUGCCCAGGUCCUGGCUGAAAUAGGUGACUUUGGACGCUUCCAGAUACAGCUGAUGAUACUGCUGAGUAUCCCCAACUUCCUGUCUGCUUUCUACAUGUUCGGCCAGGUCUUCAUGUUCCAGGAUGAGGCCCACCACUGCUCAGUGGCCUGGGUGAAGAACCACACUUUGAACCUGAGUAUCACGGAGCAGCUGACACUGAGCGUGCCUCUGGAUGCUGCAGGCAAGCCCGAGCCCUGCCUCAUGUUCCGGCCGCCCCCCAAUGGUGCCACCCUGGAGGAGAUCCUCAGCCACCGCUUCAAUGAGACACAGCCUUGCGAUGCAGGCUGGGCGUAUCCUGAGGACAGGCCUCUGUCCCUAAAGAAUGAGUUCAACCUGGUUUGUGAUCAGAAGUACCUGAAGGAGACCUCACAGUCGGUGUACAUGGCGGGGCUCCUCGUUGGGGCUCUCAUCUUUGGGCCUCUCUGUGACUGGAUCGGCCGCAAGGCCACUAUCCUAGUGCAGUUGCUACUCUUUGCCAUCAUCGGCCUGACCACAGCCUUCGUGCCCAGCUUUGAGCUCUAUAUGGUCCUGCGUUUUGCUGUGGCUACUGCUGUCGCUGGGUACACCUUCAGCAACGUGACCCUGCUUACAGAGUGGGUGGGGCCCUCGAGGAGGACGCAGGCCGUGGUCCUGGCCCAGUGCGCCUUCUCCGUGGGGCAGAUGGCGCUGGCAGGACUUGCCUAUGGCAUCCGAAACUGGAGGCUUUUCCAGAUAGCGGGCACUGCACCUGUCUUGCUGCUCUUCUUCUACUUCUGGGCUCUGCCAGAGUCAGCACGGUGGCUUCUGACCCGGGGAAGGGUAGAGGAAGCUAAACAAGUGAUCCAGAAGGCAGCCUCAGUCAACAAGCGGAAACUCUCCCCAGAGCUCCUGAGCCAGCUCGUCCCAGAGAAGAUGGGCCCUUCAGGGAAUGCCCUGGAUCUGUUCAGACACCCCCAGCUCCGGAAGGUGACCCUGAUCCUCUUCUGUGUCUGGUUUGUGGACAGCCUGGGGUACUUUGGCCUGAGCCUCCAGGUCGGUGACUUUGGCCUGGACAUCUACCUGACGCAGCUAGUCUUCGGAACUGUUGAGGUGCCCGCUCGCUACUCCAGCAUCUUCAUGAUGCAGCGGUUGGGCCGCAAGUGGAGCCAGAUGCUGACUCUGGUUCUGGGCGGCCUCAUGUGCAUCACCAUCGUCUUUGUCCCAGCAGAUCUUCCAGUGGUGGUCACUGUGCUGGCUGUGGUGGGCAAGUUCGCCACGGCCUCCGGCUUUACCAUCUCCUACGUGUACUCUGCUGAGCUCUUCCCCACUGUCAUCCGGCAGACGGGCAUGGGGCUGAUGGGCAUCUUCUCGAGGAUUGGGGGUAUCCUCACCCCUCUUGUGAUCCUGCUGGGCGAGUACCAGGCAGCCCUCCCUAUGCUCAUCUAUGGCAGCCUCCCCAUCGGGGCAGGCUUACUCUGUGCCCUGCUGCCAGAGACACGUGACCAGCCCCUGAAGGACACCAUCAAGGACCUGGAGCAGGGCCCCCAGCCACGGCCUCCAGAAUUAGCACCUUCAGAAAAGGAGACAAAGGCCUCAGGAAGAACAUCCAAUCCAGGGGCAACUUUUGUGAGCAGUACAUACCUCUAAUUGUGUCUCUGGAGCUGGAGCAGCAGCAGCAGGGAGCUGCCCGAGCAUCCUCUGGAAAAGGCUGGCACCUGCCCACAAGCCCCAACUUGCAGAUGGAGGCAGCACACCCUGGCCUGGUCCCCAUGCUGGCUGCUGGCUGGCACAUGGAUGGGCCUCCCUCUUGGUGCUUCUCAUCAACUUUCUCACCCCAGCACACUCCCAAACCCUGUUCGUGGUAGGACCUCAGGUGUAUCUUGGACUUCACUUGUUCUCUGAUUAUCUUGUGGGAGUAUGGCUCCUCUGGUCCCCUCAGUCUGGGGUUAGCUCAGAACAGAGCAGAUGCUUAUAGCCUUUCCAAGGAUGUAGGAGGAAAUUGUGAAGCUGUGGCCUCCAUCCAGGCUGGUGGGAGAAAAGGCUGUAGAAGAGAAGAAGGUUGUAGUUUCUUCUCAUGGCUGGGCCAGGUCCUGCUGGCUUGGAUGGAGCUGAUGAGAUAAUAAAAGGCAAGUAGAGGGCAAAAAACAAAUGCAUCUCCCUCCCCCCAAGAUGAGAGUGGGGUACAUGGGACAUUUCUUAGACACUCGGGACUGCCCAAGGACAAAGGAAGGAAAAAGUAAAUGGUCACUUGAUAAAGAUCACAGAUUUUACAAGAAAAGCACAAUCUUAAGAAUAGUCAGACCUUCAGAAACGUAUAAGCUCAAUUUCCUGGAGUCCUAACAUCACCUCCGUCCCCCCAUAUAGGAUUUAAAAAAAAAAGACCUAUAGAAUCAAUCAUUCCUCACACUUAGAAUACAGCCCUUUCUGCCCAAGGGGUCCUGUUGCCAUGCUUUAAUAAAAUCCCCUCCCCUUUUUUUU